UGGAAAAGUAUUUCUAGUUCGUAAAAUAAGUGGCCAUGAUACUGGAAAGCUGUAUGCCAUGAAAGUUUUGAAAAAGGCAACAAUAGUUCAAAAGGCCAAAACUACAGAACAUACAAGGACAGAGCGACAAGUCCUGGAACACAUUCGACAGUCGCCAUUUUUGGUCACAUUGCACUAUGCCUUCCAGACAGAAACUAAACUUCAUCUCAUUUUAGAUUACAUAAACGGUGGAGAACUUUUUACUCAUCUUUCUCAAAGAGAGCGCUUCACGGAGCAUGAGGUGCAGAUCUAUGUUGGGGAGAUUGUGCUCGCCCUCGAACAUCUCCACAAGCUGGGGAUUAUAUACCGUGACAUUAAGCUUGAGAAUAUUCUACUUGAUUCUAAUGGCCAUGUGGUGCUGACAGAUUUUGGUCUGAGUAAGGAGUUCGUGUCUGAUGAAGGUGAAAGAGCAUAUUCCUUUUGUGGAACUAUUGAAUACAUGGCACCAGAUAUUGUCAGAGGGGGAGAUUCAGGACAUGACAAGGCAGUUGAUUGGUGGAGUUUAGGUGUUCUAAUGUAUGAAUUACUAACUGGAGCAUCUCCUUUCACUGUUGAUGGAGAGAAGAACUCCCAAGCUGAGAUAUCUAGGAGAAUAUUAAAAAGUGAGCCUCCAUAUCCUCAAGAAAUGAGUGCUUUAACUAAAGACCUAAUUCAGCGCCUUUUGAUGAAAGAUCCCAAGAAAAGAUUGGGAUGUGGUCCCCGAGAUGCGGAUGAAAUCAAAGAACAUCUCUUUUUUCAGAAAAUAAAUUGGGAUGACUUAGCUGCCAAAAAAGUGGCUGCACCCUUUAAGCCAGUCAUCCGAGAUGAAUUAGAUGUGAGUAACUUUGCAGAAGAGUUCACGGAGAUGGACCCCACCUAUUCUCCAGCCGCGCUGCCACCGAGCUCAGAGAGGCUGUUCCAGGGCUAUUCCUUUGUUGCUCCUUCUAUUCUGUUCAAGCGUAAUGCAGCCGUCAUAGACCCUUUGCAGUUCCACAUGGGGGCUGACCGUCCUGGAGUGACAAAUGUUGCCAGGAGUGCAAUGAUGAAGGAUUCUCCAUUCUAUCAACACUAUGAUCUAGAUCUGAAGGACAAACCACUGGGAGAAGGAAGCUUUUCAAUUUGUCGGAAGUGCAUACACAAAAAAAGUAACCAAGCAUUUGCAGUCAAAAUAAUCAGCAAAAGGAUGGAAGCCAACACUCAGAAAGAAAUAACAGCUCUGAAACUCUGUGAAGGACACCCCAAUAUCGUGAAAUUGCAUGAGAUUUUUCAUGACCAGCUUCACACGUUUCUAGUGAUGGAACUUCUGAACGGGGGAGAGCUGUUUGAGCGCAUUAAGAAAAAGAAACAUUUCAGUGAGACGGAAGCCAGCUACAUCAUGCGGAAGCUUGUUUCAGCUGUAAGCCACAUGCACGAUGUCGGAGUGGUGCACAGAGAUUUGAAACCUGAGAAUUUAUUAUUUACUGAUGAAAACGACAAUUUGGAAAUCAAAGUUAUUGAUUUCGGCUUUGCACGCUUAAAACCGCCUGAUAAUCAGCCUCUCAAGACCCCGUGCUUCACCCUUCAUUACGCGGCCCCGGAGCUCUUGAAUCAUAAUGGCUAUGACGAGUCCUGUGACCUCUGGAGCUUGGGCGUCAUUUUGUAUACAAUGCUGUCAGGGCAAGUCCCCUUCCAGUCUCAUAACAGAAGUUUGACAUGUACCAGUGCAGUGGAAAUCAUGAAGAAAAUUAAAAAGGGAGACUUUUCCUUUGAAGGAGAAGCCUGGAAGAAUGUAUCCCAGGAGGCUAAAGAUUUGAUCCAAGGACUUCUCACAGUCGAUCCAAAUAAAAGGCUUAAAAUGUCAGAUUUGAGAUACAAUGAAUGGCUUCAAGAUGGCAGCCAGCUGUCCUCCAAUCCUCUGAUGACUCCAGACAUCCUCGGGUCUUCAGGGGCUGCUGUGCAUACCUGUGUGAAAGCCACCUUCCACGCCUUCAACAAAUACAAGAGAGAAGGGUUUUGCCUUCAGAAUGUCGAUAAGGCUCCUUUGGCGAAGAGAAGGAAAAUGAAAAAAACUAGCACCAGUACGGAGACACGCAGCAGCUCGAGCGAAAGUUCUCAUUCUUCUUCCUCUCAUUCUCACGGUAAAACCACACCUACAAAGACGCUGCAGCCCAGCAACCCUGCUGACGGCAGUAACCCAGAGACCCUCUUCCAGUUCUCAGACUGAGUGACGUGCGAGUGGUGGGAACGGAACUGAUGGUCUUUGCACCUUUAUUCCCUCAGCAUGUGCCUGAGGCCAGGUUUUGUGCUUUUAAAAAUGUGUCCCAUGGUCUCAUUGGAAUCUGCCUCUUAGGGAAUUUUUUUCAGGAAGAGCCAAGUGGUUAUCCUUGUCCAAAAGCACUGGACAGAGAAUGUUACUGUGAAUAGAGCACAUGUUAUAUUGUUUUAGCGACCUAGAACGUCGCUGACAGAACUGUUCUUGAAAGAGCAAAGGUGUCUGUAAACCUUAUUAGGGACUGGUUAGAUCUGAGCUGCUUACGAAAUGAGUCACACAUUUCUCAGACAUCUGCCAGCAAGAGUCACUUGUACUGUGAUGAUGAUACCUUAGUUUCACAUUGUGGAUAAAGUGGGUUUUUAAGAGAUUUGUGCCCUUGGAAAGCAAUUUAUCAGAGAAAAAGGUCUGUUUUCAGAAAGAUUCUGUAAUGAAUUUUAUGUGUGAUGUAUAGAUAUUUCUUGAGAAAGGAUUUUAACUUAUUGUGUUUAUUUUAUAGUUACAUAUGAUGAUAACCUGCUGUUAUUAAUCUUUUUCUAAAAAGUAAAAAAAAAAUAUAUAAGAACUUAAGGCCCCAUGCUCUGUAUUUGGGACCCAUCUGAGAUGCAUGCUAAGCUACUUAUAUUUUCAGUUUUGCACUGCUCUUUCCUGGCAAUUUGUUUUAAUGGUUAUUGCAGAAUAUUAAGGUACAUGUCUCUGUUCUAAAUAACACUGCACUUUAUAAAAUAAUCAAAACAAGCAAACUGUUUUAUAAAGUGCACUGUUGAAAACGUAUGUACUGUAUUUUUGCCAUUUUUGCCAUUAUCUACUUUAAAUCUGUCCUCCUUUAAAACAUCCCCCUUCUACUUUGUAUGCAGCAAGUAGAUGGGCAUAAUCAUUAGCCACUUGGGCAACGAUGUGAAGAAAACCUAAAGGGAAAUUCUAUUCAACACUGUGCUUCACAUUUGUACACUGUGUUGUGCUACAGGGAGGCAUUUCCUCCUGUAGUCGGGUAUUAUGUACAUAAUAUUUUAGAAUCAUAACUAUAACUUGUUUUGAAAUUUUUCCGUUAAAUUUUAAAUCCAGAAACCAUAUUUUAUAAACUUAUACAGAGCACUUUUAUUGCUCACAAGUUCUGAAUUCAUACAGAAAACAAUUGCUAUAUGAUGAAGACAUUUUACAUGAAAGAUUGCUGCAUUUUAAAAUAUGUCUAAUUCAAUCCCUAUGCAAAAAAAAAAAAAAAAUGAAGUGAUGGGAUUUGUAUAUUUUCUUUUAAA